AUGAAGUGCUCGCUUUUCUUUUCUGCCGCCCUGAUUGCCCUUGCUGUGGCGGAUUACUGUACGACGGACGCGGACUGUGAACGGAUUAUUGGGGCCCGAUGCGGGAAUUCGCGGGCCAUUUGUCAGUGCAUGGAUAAGGCGUUUUGCACGCUGAAAGUGAAAUGCAACCCUGCCCACGGUGACGCCGACUGCAAAAAGUUUGACAUUUGCGCCCUCGAUUCAGUGGACCGCGCCUACUACUGCCGACGGGAUCUCGGCGGGACCGUCUCGCCCUCAAUUAUCCCCAGAUUUAAGUUCCCGCUCCCAUUG